AUGGGGCAGCGCAGCGCGGCGCGGAGGGAGCACACGGCCCGGCGGCUGGAGCGGCUCGCGGCGCUGCGAGGCGCGGCCGCCCGGCCCGGCGAGCUGUGGGACGCGGUGGUGCUGACGGCGGCGGACGCGGAACAGGCGAGCGCGUUCCGGGAGCAGCUGCAGGAGAAGCUGCGGCGGGGGCAGCUGCCCGGCGGUGUGCGGUACCUGGUGUGCGCCGACCCGCCGGGACCCAGGAUCGGAAAUGGUGGAUCAACUCUUCAUGCUCUUCGGUGCUUGGAAGAGCAGUAUGGUGAUCAGUGGACUUCCUUCACUGUGCUGCUAAUCCAUUCUGGUGGUUACAGCCAGCGUUUGCCGAAUGCCAGUGCCCUGGGCAAGAUCUUCACAGCGCUGCCCUUGGGCCAGCCCCUGUACCAGAUGCUGGAGCUCAAACUGGCCAUGUACAUCGACUUCCCUCGCCACAUGAGGCCAGGAGUCCUCGUCACGUGCUCAGAUGACAUCGAGCUGUACAGCACUGCAGUGACAGAAGCCAUCACCUUUGAUAAACCCGGCUUCACUGCCUUGGCUCACCCGUCAGACCUGGCAGUGGGGACCACGCACGGCGUGUUUGUGUUGGACCCAAACAGCUUUUCGGGAAAGGGGGGGCUGCAGUAUGGAUCAUGCUAUCGUUUCCUGCACAAGCCUGACGUGGAGACCAUGCAGCAGAGUGGUGCAGUGUGUGUGAGGGGGGAUCUCCCCCAGCUCAGCCGCCCUGGGAGCCCUGGGGGCUCGGAGUGUGUGUACACCGACAGCGUGUUCUACAUGGACCACGGCACUGCCAGGCAGCUGCUGCUGUUCUACAAGCAGCUGGGCACUCUCUGCUGUGAAAUAGAUGCAUAUGGUGACUUCCUGCAGGCCCUGGGGCCUGGAGCCACUCCAGAUUACACCGAGAACACCAGCAAUGUCUGCAGGGAGGGCUCGGGGCUGGUGGCAGUGAGGCAGCAGCUGUACUCCCUCCUGCAGGGCACUGCCCUCAACGUCAUCGUCCUCAGCAACUCCCAAUUCUACCACCUCGGGACUGCUCAGGAGUAUCUGCUGCAUUUCACUGCUCAGAGCAAACUGAGAUUUGAGCUGGGCUUGCAGCCCGUGGCUUUUAGCAUCCUCCCUGGCACAGCCACGAGCUCGGAGCAGCUGAGCAUCAUGCAGAGCAUCCUCGAGCCCGGCUGUGUGGUAGGGCCUGGCUCUGUCAUUGAGUACUGCAGAAUUGGGCCUGGGGUCUCCGUGGGGACAGGCUGCAUUGUUAGUGGGUCGUGCCUGGAUUUCAGUGUAGACAUACCCUCAGGCUGCUUCCUGAGUUCAGUGAGUGUGAAAAUCGCUGCUCAAGUGAAGUAUGGCACCAUGGUGUUCGGUGUAGGUGACGACUUGAAGAAGAGUGUGAAGUUGCUGUCAGAUAUCCACUCCCUCCAGUUUUUUGGGGCCAGCUUACCAGAAUGCCUUGACCUGUGGAGUGUAGAGGCCUCAGAGCAGCUCUUCUCCAGUGAGGACACACGUCUGGGGCUGUGGACUGCGAGGAUUUUCCCUGUCUGUUCUACUCUGAGUCAAUCAGUUAGGAUGUCACUGAACAUGCUGAAUUCUGUGCUGCACAAGUCACCUUUCAAACUGAGUGGCUUUCAGCUUUUGUCUGUUGAAGAAAUGCUCACCUACAAAGAUGUGGAAGAUAUGCUGAAGUUUAGGAAGCAAAUUUAUGAUGAAAUCUGCCUACAAAGACAAAAAGAAUGAACAGUACUUGAACAAAUCUCCUCUUUUCAUUUGUGGAUGAUUGUUUACUUCCCAGCUUGUAAGAAUCCUAAGGGAAAAGUACACAGAUCUUUUCUCUGAUCUCAUUGAAGUAGAAAUUAAGAAAUUGAGUAUCAUUAAUAAAGCAGCAAAUGCAGAUAAACUGUUCUUUUGAUUGAAGUAGGGAAAUAUUUCAGAUCUGAAAACACUGGUGACUUUUUGUGGGUUGCAUCUCAUGUCUUGUAGUCUUUGUCAAUUGGGAUAUGAUACAGAAAAAAUUAAUUGUCUGUUUGGCUGAAAACUGCUUUAAAAGCUUAUAAAGGGUAGAAUAUUGGUUCCAGCAACAGGAAAUAAUACAGUUUAUGUUUCUCUCUUUUCAUGCUGCCAUUUUGCAAUACAGUCUCAGUUAGCUAGAGGUAAAAUGAUUAAAAGUGUUUUUAAUUCAAGACAUGUUGUCUUAGGCAUUAAUAAAUUUUUCUCUUUUGUUUUGUAA